CACCCCUGCGUACUGACGCAUUUCGAGUCGUUUAAAGCUGCCGUUGAAGGCAAACGCCUCGCCGUGUUCCUAGAUUAUGAUGGCACGCUUACACCGAUUGUGUCCAACCCGGAUGAUGCUAUAAUGUCCCAAGAGGCAAGUAUGCGCAAUGUGGUGCAGGCAGUCGCCAGGGCGUUCCCCACUGCCAUAAUUAGCGGCCGAGGGCGGGAAAAGGUGGAGGCAUUCGUACAGCUAAAGGAGCUGUUUUAUGCCGGGAGCCAUGGCAUGGACAUCGCGGGUCCUCGGGUAAGCAGUGAGCCCCGCCAGCUCGGACCAAACAACCAAUUUUGCAAUCCGGCAGCGCAUUUCCGGCCCCUCAUAGACGACAUUUUUGAACAAUUACAGCGACGGCUCAAGGACGUGCCGGGUUCGAGUGUGGAGCACAACAUCUUCUGCGUGAGUGCGCACUUCCGUAACUGCCCGGGGGAGGCCUGGCAGGACGUCAUCUCCACCGUGGAGGAUGUGGUAUCGCAGCACGAGGACCUUCGGAUGACGCGGGGACGCAAGGUGGUGGAAAUAAGGCCCAAGGUUGACUGGCACAAGGGCACGGCGCUGAGCCACCUUGUGGAGGCUCUGGGGCUCAGUCAGCAGCCCGAUGUGGUGGCCAUAUACGUGGGGGAUGACCACACGGACGAGGACGCGUUCAGGACGUUGGAGGAGACGCGGCAAGGGUUCGGCAUCUUGGUAAGCACGCGGCCCAAGCCCACUCGGGCUAGGUUCACUGUUCGCGACCCGUCCUGCGUCCAGACCUUCCUGUCCGGCAUCGUGGAGUGGGCCAAGUCGGGCAGCAACGGC